CGUGGCGGGCGCGGCUCCGCGGCUCCCGGGCGACCUGCGCGCAGUGAGUGGUUGCCCCUCCAGCGUCCCCCAGCGCCCGUGCCAGCUGCGAGGGCUGUGGGCGGGGCCCCAGACAACAUGAGCGUGGGCUUUAUCGGAGCUGGCCAGCUGGCCUUUGCCUUGGCCAAGGGCUUCACAGCCGCAGGCAUCCUGGCUGCCCACAAGAUCAUGGCCAGCUCCCCAGACAUGGACCUGGCCACCGUUUCUGCCCUCAGGAAGCUGGGAGUGAACCUGACACCCCACAACAAGGAGACCGUGCGGCACAGUGAUGUGCUCUUCCUGGCCGUGAAGCCACACAUCAUCCCCUUUGUCCUGGACGAGAUUGGUGCUGACAUUGAGGAUCGUCACAUCGUGGUGUCCUGUGCCGCUGGGGUCACCAUCAGCUCCAUCGAGAAGAAGCUGACGGCGUUCCAGUCAGCCCCCAAAGUCAUCCGCUGCAUGACCAACACACCGGUCGUGGUGCGAGAGGGAGCCACCGUGUAUGCCACGGGCACCCAUGCCCAGGUGGAGGACGGCAGGCUCCUGGAGCAGCUCAUGGGUAGCGUGGGCUUCUGCACGGAGGUGGAGGAGGACCUGAUUGAUGCCGUCACGGGGCUCAGUGGCAGCGGCCCAGCCUACGCAUUCACAGCCCUGGAGGCCCUGGCUGACGGGGGCGUGAAGAUGGGGCUUCCCAGGCGCCUGGCGGUCCGCCUCGGGGCCCAGGCUCUGCUGGGGGCCUCCAAGAUGCUACUGGACUCGGAGAAACACCCAGGCCAGCUCAAGGACAACGUCUGCUCUCCUGGCGGGGCCACCAUCCAUGCCUUGCAUGUCCUGGAGAGUGGGGGUUUCCGCUCGCUCCUCGUCAACGCCGUGGAGGCCUCCUGCAUCCGCACACGGGAGCUGCAGUCCAUGGCUGACCGGGAGAAGGUCUCGCCAGCCUCCAUCAAGAAGACCAUCCUGGACAAGGUGAAACUGGAGUCCUCUGCAGGGCCCUCACUGACCCCUUCUGGCCACUCCAAGCCAGUCCCCCAAAGCCUGGCCCCAGCAGGCAAGGAGAACUGAGGUGUCCCAACAUGCUCGCCAGGCUGCUCCCCACCUCCUCCUCCCUGCUGGGCUUGGGACACUUCUGUGCUGGCUGUCCUUAGCCCCAGGCCACACAGGGUGUCCCCACAGCAGCCCGCUGCCCGCCACUCUGGUCAACUCAGGGGUCAGCGGGGG